UUCAAACAUUUUUCGGGUAGAAUUAUUUCAGGAUCACUUCUUGAAAAUAUACAUAUCAUGGCUUGUGCUAUACAAUUUUUGGUUGUGCUGAUUGCAGUCACCUAUUGCUCAGCUUUACCUACUCCAAACUGCGACGAGGUUAAAUUUAGAGAAUCUUAUGAACCUCUUCAACUACCGGUGGUGUAUGACGAUGUGAUCCGUCAACCUUCACCACAAAUCUAUCAAGCUGUACCUCACUUCGAAACUGUCGGCUAUCCAGCUCUUCCAGAAUUACCCUGUGAGGAAGGUAGUCCAUCUAUCCGUUUUCCUGCUCCAUCAGCUCUUCCAUAUCCAUCAGCUGUUGCCUAUCCAUCACCUGUUCCAUUUCCAUCACCUGUUGCAUACCCAAUCCCAGAAGCACCUUGUGACGACACUUUUGCCGUUCCUGCUCUCCGAUUACCUCUACCAUCACCUGUGGCAUAUCCACUUCCAGAAGUAGCUUAUGAUGACUUUGCUUACCAUGUACCUCAAGUAGCACCUGUUGCCUAUCAACCUCUUCCUCGUCUUGAAGUGUCUUAUGACGAAGCUGUUCCUCUUCCUUCUUUCAAUGUACCUUUAGUGACCUCUACCUCCUAUCAACCUCUUCCCGAAGUUGUUUAUAACCAUAUGAACAGACCAUUAGAAUACCCCUUGCCCAUUUAUCAAGAAACCCAUUGCGACUAAUUGAAACCAAUAUUUCACGACUUGACAGACGAUAAUAGCUGAUAAUAAAUGAUUUUGACCACAUCUGUACAAUAAACUUGGAAGAAUUUAAAUUUCGAUGAUUGCAAACAUGAAUGCUAGGCUUUUGAUUUUUUGGACUUCCCUAUUAUUCUAUUUUAAUUUGUAACUAUAACCAAACAUACAUAUCUGUCGAAUAAAUUAUAUAAAUAAA